AUGGGUUUAUUAAACAACUUUUUAAUUUAUAUUAUAUUUUUAAUUUUAUUUCAAUUAUUAGUUGAAGUAAAACCUCAAGAUUUACGUAACAGUCAUACCGCUACAUUAAUUGAUAAUAAAUUAUAUAUUAUUGGCGGAGCAGGAGAUGGCAAAUAUCCACCAUCUCCAACAUUCUUUUAUCUUAAUGUUUCUGAUUCUUUUGAUACCAAUGAAUUAAAAUGGCAUGACUUGACAAAUAUCAAUAACAUUCCACCAUUUAAGUAUGCCGCAGCUACCAAAGGAGGUGCAAAUAACAAAACCUUAUUUCUAUAUGGUGGCAUAGGUUUAAAUAAUGAAAGUUUAAAUAAUUUGGUUUAUACAUUUGAUACUCAAAAUAAUAUAUUGUUGACUCCAACGGUAACCGGUAUACCACCAAAUGGAAAAGUAUCUAUAACUUCUGUAAUUGACUAUAAUGGAUUGAUUUAUUUAUUUGGUGGUCAUUCAAAGGAACUUAAUAUUUAUACAAAUGAUAUGUUUAUCUUAGAUUCAAUAAAUUUAAGUUGGAAAAAUGUUAGCUCAAUAAAUGCACCUAGUCCAAGAGUUGAGUAUGGUGCCGUGUUUUUACCAAAUAAAAAUAUUAUUUAUAUUGGUGGUUAUAAUGAAAAUGUUGGAGUGUUCGCACUCAAUGAGGUAUAUCUUUAUAAUACAAUAAAUGAUACUUGGACUACACAGAAAACUUAUGGAUCAAUACCUUCCGCAAGAUAUUCAAUUUCAAGUGUUCUCAGUUUAGAUAAUCAAAAAAUAAUUAUUUAUGGUGGAUACGGCCCAACCCUUUUACAAAGUAUAAAUCCGGAAAAUUCACUUUAUGUUUUAAAUAUAAGUAAUUUUAAUUGGUAUAUUCCAAAAGUUGGGAAAAUGCCACCAACUCGUGCAUUUCAUAAAUCAGUGUUAAUUGAAAAUUAUAUGGUUAUAACUUUUGGUAAAGGUUAUACACAAGAAACUGAUAAAGAUAUAUUACUGCUUGAUAUUAGUAAUGAUAAUGAAUAUAUUUGGAAAACAUCUUUUGAUUUGGGAAAAAAUAAUUCAACUUCUAAAACAAGUCCAAUUCCGCCAGGUACAAGUAUAUUACCAUCACCAGAUUCCGAAAAAGCAAAUAUUAUAAUCGGUGCAAUUAUAGGUUCUACAAUUGGUAUUGCAGUAACACUUGGAAGUUUCUUUCUUUAUAAACGGAAAAAGCAUACAAAAAAACAAGAUGGAAAACCAUCAACUUCUCAAAAUAUAAAAGAUGAUAAAAUAUUACAUAUUUCAUCAGAAAAAGAUAAUAAUAAUGAUAAUGAAAUAUUACAUAUUCCAUCAGAAAAAGAUAGUAAUAAUGAUAAAGAAAUUCUUUUAAUUCCGUCAACUACACAACUAAAUAGUGAAAAAAAUGAAGCAAUAAGUGAAGUAAUUGUACAAAAUGCACAAAAUGCACAGAAAAAUGAAGCAAAAUGAUUCUGCUGCACAGAAAAAAUGAAGCAAGAAAUAAUUUAACUGUUAAUAAUCAAUAUUAAGUUUUAUUU